AUGAUCAGAAAACAAGCUAGAGAAAGAAGAGAAUAUCUAUAUAGAAAAGCUUUACAACUACAAGAGGCUAGUCUUACGGAAAAACGACAACAAUUAAAAUCAGCUUUAGCAUCAGGAAAACCAUUAUCAAAAGAAGUAGCAGAAGAUGAAAAAUUACAAAAAGAUUUCAUAUAUGAUCAAAGUAUUCAAGAAGAAAUUGAAAUAGAUGAUGAAUAUAGUGCAUUAUCAGGAAUAAAUGAUCCAAAAAUUUUAAUAACAACAUCAAGAAAUCCAAGUGUUAAAUUAUUACAAUUUUCAAAAGAAAUAAAUUUAAUGUUUCCAAAUAGUUUAAAAUUAAAUCGUGGUAAUUAUAUUAUAAAUGAUUUAGUUAAAACUUGUUCAAGAGUUUCAAUAUCUGAUUUAAUAAUAUUACAUGAACAUAGAGGUGUUCCAACAUCAAUAACAAUAAGUCAUUUCCCACAUGGUCCAUCAGCAAUUUUUACAUUACAUAAUGUUAAAUUAAGACAUGAUUUACCAAAUUUAGGUAAUAUAAGUGAAGCUUAUCCUCAUUUAAUAUUUGAAAAUUUUAAUACUAAAUUAGGUAAAAGAGUUGUUAAAAUUUUACAACAUUUAUUUCCACCAGGUGUUAAAAAAGAUAAUUCAAGAGUUAUAAGUUUUAUAAAUAAUGGUGAUUAUAUAAGUGUAAGACAUCAUAUAUAUGUUAAAACAAAAGAUGGAAUAGAAAUAAGUGAAAUUGGUCCAAGAUUUGAAAUGAAAUUAUAUGAAAUUAAAUUAGGUUUACCUGAUAAUAAAGAUGCUGAUAUUGAAUGGCAAGUAAGAAGAUUUAUACGUACAGCAAAUAGAAAAAAUUAUUUAUGA